AUGCACCCCACGAGAACUCUCCUGGCCGCUCUCCAGCUCACCGUCCUGGCCGCGGCCAGGCCCCAGCUGGCACCCCGCGGCGACAGCGCACCCGACUACUCCGUCGUGCCCCUCGAGCCCAGCCAAGGCAGCGACGAUGACUGCUCCGCGUCGACGGUGACGGUGACGAAGACGGUGUCGGCCAAGGAGAAGACGGACCGCGUCACCGAGACCGUCUACCACACCCAGACGGCCAGCGCCGUGACCGUGAGCGUCACCGAGACGGAGACCGUCACCCCCACCGACGCAGCGCAGACCGUCACCCAGACCGUGUCGGUCCCCACCACCAUCUUCUCUACCGCCUCGGGCGCGGGGGGGAACCAGGUAGCGACGACCAUCUUUGCCACCGAGACGCAGGUUCAGAUCCAGACCCUGAUCCAGACUGUGACAGCCGGUGGUCCCGUCGACACCGGCAUCAUUGACGCCCCGUCGACAAGCUCGACCUCUUGCUCAACCUCUUCUUCCAUCAGCAGCACCGCCGUGCUGCCCAGCGUCGUCACGCCCAGCGUCGUCACGCCCACCUCUUGGGCUACGCCUACCGCGAGCAAAACCGACGGUCAGUGGUGCAACGGCACCGAGUCUUCCAGGGUGUAG